AUGUCCCUGGAUCGAGACUUGAAGCGACUCCGGCUGGAGAAGUACACCCCAGCCGCUGCUAAUGAGGCGCGCGCAUGGAUCGAGGGCAUACUCGGGCAGCGUCUGUCGGGUGACUUGCUCGAGUCGCUGAAGGAUGGCGUCGCUCUCUGCAAACUCGUCAACCUCGUCCUCCCUCCCCCAGGCGUCAAGUUCAAGGCUUCCGCCAUGCCCUUCGUACAGAUGGAAAACAUCUCCCACUUCCUCCGCGCCUGCAAAUCUCCACCCAUCAACCUGCAAGAACACGACGUGUUCCUCACCGUCGAUCUGUACGAGUCCAAGGAUCCCGCACAAGUCCUACAAUGCAUCGGCGCCUUCAGUCGGGCAGCAAACAAGGCAAAUCCAGCGGCCUUCCCCACAGCCAUCGGACCCAAAGCCGCAGGGUUGAGCCCACAGAGAACUGGCGCUGGAGGAACACUAUCACCGACACCUACUCCAGGAGGCCGACCGCGUGGCAUGUCAAACUCCAGCAACGCAUCCUCAGCCUACGGCAGCCGACCGCCGCUGAUGGCGUCCAAGACUGGUGACUCAGGUUCCGGGCGCUGGUCUCCUGCAAAGAGCCCAACAGGAAACGGGCCUAAGUCGCCCUCUGUGUCCAGCUGGAGCAGCAAGGCCAACGAGGGCGCGACGUCGCCGGCAUGGAAUAUCGCGCAAUAUGGAUACAUGGGCGGGGCGAGUCAAGCCAACCUCGGAAUCUCUUUUGGUGGGCGGCGGCAGAUCACUAGCGCUGGUCCGGCCGUGCCCAGCCUUGCGGAGAAGGAGAAGCGCCGUAAGGCCAAGGAGGCCGAGGAGCAGAAGCAACGUGAAGAAGAGGAAGCCCGGCGCCAAGCUGUGCUAGAAGCCGAAGAGCGCGCGAAGGCUGAGGAGGAGCGACGGUGGGAAGAGGAGACUAGGCGACAGCGUGAGCAGGAAAAGCGCAAGGCAUCAGAAGAAAAGCGCCGCUGGGAGGAGGAGGAGCGCCAGUGGAAGAUCACGGAGGAGAAGCGCCGCAAGGAAGAGGAAGAGGCCGAAAAACGAUUGGCCCAGGAACGAGCAAAGGCCAGGAGAAAGUCGGGCGAUUCUCGUCUACAGGGUCAGUUCCUCAGCCAAUACCAGGCCGAACAAACUGCCGGCGGCGAUGAGCAAUACAGCAGCCGAAUCAAGGAGCUGGAGAAGGAGCUGGAGCUCGCGCGCGAGCGAGAGGCUCAGUACGAGCGCGAACGCCAGGAUAGGCUGCGGGUCAAGAGCGGUGAUGCUAAGUCCAGGGCACGCUCUCGCAGCCGGCCUCGCCCAGCCUCUGGGGAGCCAAGCCGGCAAGACUCGUGGGCCCACGGAGACGAGCGCUCUGCUCUGCCGCAGGCACGGAACGAGUACACGAUACCAGGCUCACCGCUGGCACAACGACCCCAACCCCCACCACGACAACAGUCACGACCCCUUCCGGAUCCAGCACUGGCAUCCCCACCGCCGGCAGCCAUGGUCAAGACGCACCGAACGGGCGAGUCAGCCAGGUCAGGCGGCACCAGGUCCCGAGCCAACACGGCCGGCUCGCGGCCCCUGCCAGACCCCAAGACCUACUCGUCCCCCGCGACGACGCCUUCGCCGCAGAUGAACCGCACAGACCGGUACCUCGCAUCCAACCCACUACCACCUUCCGCGCCCGCGCAGCAGCUGACGUACUCGCGCGAGCUCGGCGCCACGGAGGAGCGCGACGCCGAGGACCGGCGGCGCGCACAGACGCAGCAGCGCACCAAGGCGGGCUCGCUGGCAUCCAAGUCGCUGCUGGAGCGCGAGAUGGAGAUGGAGCGCCAGCGGCAGCGCGAGUGGGAGGAGUCGCAGAAGGAGACGGCCAAGGCGCCCCGCGCGGGCGACGGCGUCGAGGGCAUCGGCGGCGGCAUCGGCGGCAGGUGGGACGUCAGCCAGUUCGCGGGCUACACGGGCGGCGACAACAUGAACCGCGGCACCCAGGGCAUCGGCGCCGGCCGCAGGCAGAUCGGCGGGCCUAGGCCGCUGCCGGGCACGCCUGGGUCUACUCGUUAA